AGGAACUUGUUGCGAGAUGUACAUGUAUACGAGUGGGUAGCAAAUGAAAAUAUCGUUCGAGAGUGAUAUCUCUUGAGAGCGCAAAGUUGUAGGAGUAGGUAGCCAAUGCCGUCAUGAGGAGUCGUCAUGAGCCAGCUCUUGUUUAUCAAAAAACUCGCUCGACCCAGUAGUACAAUAAUUCCUGGUGUUUCUAUAAACCUGCGUCCUCUACUUUUUCCCCCUGAAAUACCAAAGUGUCGAACUAACUUUUGAAUAAAUUUUUGAAACCCACACAAAGUCAAAGUAUUCAUUGCAGCCGCCUCAUAGAGCUAUACAGAAGUUUAUCUCGAUCAAGAAGGAGCGACAUCAUGGCGGCGCCACUGCCCACGGGGCACUCCGGGGUGAAGCUCCCGAAGUUCGCCCCCGAUUUGACGGCGGUCGAGGAUCUCGACGAGGAGCCGGUUGCCUUCGCCGUUGCGCACGACGGUUCUAAGGGCGCCCGCGCAUGCAUCGACCUCGCUUACAAUCAGUACUUCCCGAAGAAGCCCAACUCCACUGUCGAGAUAGUGCACAUCUACGACACCACAGCACAGGGAGACCUUAUGCGACCCUUCAAGAAGGACGUCAUUGCCUCGGACAUCACAGCGUACUACUUUUUUUAACGUUGAAUAAAAGGAACUAUGUAUAGUACUUCUUGCAGGUGCAGCGAUUGCAAUUGCAGCCUUUCUGUUCUUGUAAACAACUUCUUGCUCUACCCCCGUCCCACUCACGCUCGUCGUAGUAAAGCUUGUCAUUGUCAACAUCAUUCGGAAAAAAACGAAAUUUCGUGGCUAAUAAAAGAUCGAUCAUCAGGGUAUCUUAGUCAUGUACCCGUCCAAGAAUGAAAUGAAAUCAUGCCGUAAAAAAAUAAAAAAACACUUGUCAGCCUUGAUAUCGCGCACGGAGAUCGGUUUAAGCUGCUCAUGCUAGAGAAGGUCGAGAAGGAGGGGAAGCAGUUAUGCGAGUGGACCAUGAAGCGCGAGCAGAAGGGGCAGUGCAUCGACUUCAUGCUGAUGGGCUUCAAGGGCGGCAAAAACGCGUCCGAGGAGCAGCUCCUGGCCAGUGAUGUUUCCUACGCUCUGGCCUACAGCAGGUGUUCCAUGAUCGUCCUCCGCGAUUGGGUUCCCGCCGAAGACGCACCAAACCAAAAAUUGCACUACCUGGUGCCAGUCGAUCUCAGCAAGUGGUACUUUUUCUGCUUGCUUUUCACUUCUCGACGUUGAAGCUCCUGGCCCUGGUGAUGGAUGCAACGUCAGUAAAAAGUGCUAGCACGUGUGGGCCAACUACUGCUCUUGCGGGUGUUGAAUCAUGUGAAAUCAACAUCAAUACGAUCGUGCUUUCUUGUUUCUGCGAGGACGAUAGAAACAUUCUUUGUGGCAGCAAGAACAUUCAUACAUUAUUUGCAUGGCGGGAAAGAAAAGAAAACGUCGGGCGGUGGAUAAAUCAAAAAUACAAAUCAGGUCGGAGAAAGCCUUCCACGACGCUUUGGUUCUCUCGUCACCCGGGGACAAAAUCACGGUUUUGAGGGUGAUCUUUGAGGAUGACGCGGACAAGAAGUCUCAGGUAGCCUACUACGAGAAGUUGAUCGACCGAGUUUCCAAGAAGUUCCACAAGCCACGUAAUAUCCAGCUCGUCACAGUCAACAGCGGUGGUGCCGGGGUCUCGGAGACCAUCCUCAAGUGGGCGGACGAAUCCGAGACUGACGUAUAAUAAAUAGUGUCAUUCAGUUUUAAUUUUGUGCAUCUUUUCUUCAAUCGUUGAGCCCUAUACUUAAGCUUAACCGGCCCCGGCCUCGUUGUCUUCGUAGCAAGUUGCCUUCUCAUUCUCUUUUUUGAUGAUGCGUGUCUUCCAUAUGUUGUGCUCAUGAAGCUUACGACUCACGUCUUCAUGUUCAUCUAAGUGCCCUGUAUCUAAUCAAUACACUUCUCCAGGUCGACUUUAUCUGCAUGGGCACGAACGUGAAGCGGUUGCAGCAGGCAAAAUCGUACCUCGGGUCCGUAUCAGGGAACGUAUUGCUCAAGAGUCGCUACCCGAUGGUAAUCGCCCGCUACGACGAAGAUUUCGAGUCCGUAAUCUCGAACGCGUCCAGGGCCAAGGUCAUGUUUCCCGACAAGCUGGAAACCAGCAUUUUACCCAAGUCGUAA